AUGUUGGCGUAUGGAGCAUCUGCUGAUCAGGUGGAUGAGAUUGCCCGGAUGGGGAAGUCCACUACGUUGGAGGCUUUGGUAAGAUUUUGUCAAGCAGUUGAAACUCUGUACACUAGGGACUACCUGCGUAGACCUACUCCCAGGGACCUCCAACGGCUUCUACAAAAAGCCGAAGCUCGAGGAUUUCCAGGAAUGAUUGGUAGCAUUGACUGCAUGCACUGGCAAUGGAAGAAUUGCCCAACUGCCUGGCAAGGAUCCCAAAAUGACCUCAACGUGCUGGGUCAAUCCCCGGUCUUCAACGAUGUAUUGAGAGGCCAGGGCCCCAAUAUCACCUAUCAAGUCAACAAUACAGUGUACCAGACGGGGUAUUAUCUAGUUGACGGCAUCUACCCGAGGUGGACCACUUUUGUCAAAUCCAUUCCGAAUCCCCGAUCCCAGAAGCAAAAAUUAUUUGCUACCUAUCAAGAAGGAUACAUGAAAGAUGUCGAAAGGUGUUUUGGCAUCCUUCAAGCUCGGUGGUUGAUUAUUCGAGGUGCGGCCCAUAUGUUUGAUGAGGAGAUCCUCAGAAGCAUUAUGAUGACUUGCAUCAUCCUCCAUAAUAUGAUUGUGGAG